CUGGUCCGAUGGCGAGACAAUAAAGCACACCAACUGGGCCCCAAAUCAACUCGAAAGCGCCGACGUUGCGUCCUGCGCCUACGUCAACCAAGGGGGAAUAGGAGAGCCUGGGAAGUGGCGCUCUGGCUCCUGUCAUUCCUCGUUGGCCUACAUGUGCAAACGGCCGCAGAGCUGCCCAGAGGGACAGACGUGUUCCCCCAAACAUGGUCCUGCUGUAGUGAAGACUGCCUACUGCGACGACAACACCUUCCACUAUGACGAUUAUUGUUACCGUUACGAGAAGACGCAUGAAAAUUAUGACAAUGCUGAGAAGUUCUGUCAAGCCCGGGGAGGCCACCUGGCUAGCGUCCACUCUAAGCAAGAGGCCCAAUUUGUGUAUGAUCACUCGCAGACCCAACAAUCUGCUUUGGUGGGACUCAAGAAUACGACGGGCGACGACUACGAGUGGAGUGACGGAACAACCUUUGAGUACAAACAAUGGGAAAAAGGCACCUCGGGGGACUGUGCGUUCCCAAAUUCUGUUGGGGAGUUGAGUGGCUGUCAGUGCUCAACGGCGCGGCCAUUCUUCUGCAAAACAGCCAAGCACGGAGGGACUCGACGGCUGGCAUCAUCAGUCAGCCUAGUCAGCUGGACUGACAAAUGCGGCUGGUGGCUGGACAACCCCACCAACGACUUCUGCUACCAGAUGAUCAGCCAGCCCACCAAGACCUGGCAGAAGGCGCAAGACGACUGCAAACGCCUCGAAGGGGACCUGCUCAGCAUCACCGACACCGAUGAGCAGGCCUUCAUAAAGGGUAUCGCCAAGGUUCUGAUGGGUGAUGACGCCUCCCUGUGGUUGGGCGCCAACGGAGGCAUCGAGGGUGACGGCGGCAAGUGGGCUGACGGAUCCCCCUUCUCUUACCUCCACUCGAGUGCAGGUGACGCCGACGGGGGGAAAUGUCUUUCCUUGCUCACCGGCAGCAGUGACUGGGAGCGUGACAAGUGCGACAACAUGAAAGGCUACGUCUGCAAGAAAAGAGGAAAAGGAAAGACGGCAAAACCCCAGCUGCUACAUGACGGCUACAAGGAGAGCUUUUUCUGCCAAGACGAUUGGAAAGUCCUUAAAUGUUCCGAUGAAAGAGUCAUCCGCGUACAGUCGGCUUUCCAUGGACGGAGGCGUAGCAACGUCUGUCCGAGUGGCGGCGCCGGAUCACAGGAUCGCUGCAGGAUGAAAGGGGCUCUCUCUCACUUUAGAGCAUUGUGUGACAAAUAUCAGACUUGCCCCAUUCAACUUACGGGUAUGGACCACUGCCCUGGUGUCUCCAAAUACCUCCACAUCGUCUACAGCUGUGAGGAGAAAGUGUGUCUUGACAGUCUGGGCAUCGCUGACGGGAAAAUCCCAGACUCCUCCUUUUCAGACUCUUCCUCCGCGAUCAAUGGCAAACCUCACAAAGCGCGUCUGGGGGGCAGCGGUUGCUGGGAACCGUCCAAAAUGUUCGGCAGCUGGAUCCAGGUGAACCUCGGUCAGCGCUUCAAGGUGACGGGCAUUGUGACCCAGGGGUGUACAUACCAAUUGGAAAGUUCCAACAUAUUUGAGUUGGAGUUCAGUACUAACGGAGAGACUUGGUAUCGCCACCCAGAGCAGCUUGCUGUGGGGACGUACAUGCUAACCAGGUUCGUGUUCGCCCAGUACGUCCGCCUCCUGCCAAGGUUUUUUGGCCUUCGCUUUGACGUCUUAGGGUGCACGCCUGACGACGCCUCUCGCGACAUCUUAUGCAGCAGCACAGCCACCAGCCUCGGCGUGGACGGUUCAAUGACGGUCCGGUGCCCGCCGGGCUGCGCCCAAACCUACACGGUCUACGGAACACAGAUCUACAAACAAGAGUCAAACAUCUGCGCUGCUGCCAUUCACUCGGGCGUCAUUGAGAACGCGAUUGGAGGAAUUGUGUCUUUGCUGAAGAGAGACCCACAGAAGGCCUACAACGGCUCCGCCAGGAACGGGAUCACCUCGAGUGUUGGUGACGGUUUGGCUCAAUCUCCGUCUUACACUUUUGGAGACCAGGGUGAGUAGGCUGUCUAGAAUAGAAAGCAUACUUCAUCACGUGACGCCAUCUUGCGCGCAGAGCCGAGAUGCUUGGGACCUGAAUGGGAGGAGUUUGCGG